CCUUCCCCUCCUCUGACUUGUGGUCUUUAAACACUUUAUUGAUUUUCAUAAACUAGCCGUAUCUAAAAGAUUAAAUGAUUAGAGCGUAAUAAAUCCAAUGUGCUGGUGCACCACACGACCGGAGGCACGUUAUACCAAGUAAAGGCCUUGUACCAGUGCACUGAAUUGAUCAAACGCGCUCUGCCAGAAGAACGGUGCUUUAGUGGACCUUCAGGCGAUCCAUACAUCUGCUACGCGCAGCGGGGCCAACUUCAACAUUCACGCGUCUGUAGUCUCCGCUGACACGAGUCAAAAUGCGUUUACCUCGGUUUAUCAUCUGUCUGGUUCUGACUGUGUGGUCUGCGGAGGGCAGCGAUGUGCUCGAGCUCGGAGACUCUGACUUUGACCGGAGCGCAGCCAUGCAUGAGACUCUGCUGGUGGAGUUCUUCGCACCUUGGUGUGGUCAUUGUCAGCGGCUUGCUCCGGAAUAUGAGGCUGCUGCCACAAAGCUGAAAGAGACACUGCCUCUGGCAAAGGUUGACUGCACCGUGAACUCAGAGACAUGUGAGCGUUUUGGAGUGAAUGGGUAUCCCACCCUUAAAAUCUUCCGCAAUGGAGAGGAAGCUGGAUCUUAUGAUGGCCCCAGAAUAGCAGAUGGCAUUGUGAGCUACAUGAAAAAACAAGCAGGUCCAAGUUCUGUGUUUCUGCUCAGUGAGGCGGAUUUGGAUUCUUUUGUCGACAACUAUGAGGCCAGUGUGGUGGGUUUCUUCUCUGGGGAAGACAGUACACAGCUUGCAGAGUUUCUGAAGGUCUCCAGUGCCCUGAGGGAUAGCUAUCGAUUUGCUCAUUCCACUGAUGUGGGAACAGGCCUGAAAUACGGCGUAGAUGGAGAGUGUGUUCUGCUGUUUCGUCCCCCUCGUUUAAACAGCAAGUUUGAGGAAAAUGUGGUGAAAUACACAGAAUCCAUUUCUUAUUCCUCUCUCCGUACAUUCAUCAGAGACAAUGUAUUUGGUCUCUGUCCACAUUUGAGCACAGAAAAUAGGGACAUUCUGAGAGGAAGUGAUCUGCUUACUACAUAUUACGAUGUAGAUUACUUACGAAAUCUCAAAGGCACAAACUACUGGAGGAACAGAAUAAUGAAGGUGGCGACACAGUUCCAGGAUCGAGGUCUGAGUUUUGCUGUGGCAGAUCGACAGGAGUUCCAGGAUGAGCUUGAGGAGGAGUUUGGUUUGGGUUCAUCUGAGGGAGGAGACAUUCCCCUCGUCACAAUCCGGACGAGAGAGGGACACAAGUAUUCCAUGCAGGAAGAAUUCACACGAGAUGGCAAGUCCUUGGAGAGGUUCCUGGAGGAUUACUUUGCUAAAAGAUUGAAGCGAUAUGUGAAAUCUGAGCCUGUUCCAGAGUCCAAUGAUGACCCUGUCAAGGUUGUUGUUUCUGACACAUUUGACGAGAUUGUGAAUGAUCCAGAGAAGGAUGUGUUGGUUGAAUUUUACGCUCCCUGGUGCGGCCAUUGCAAGAACCUGGAGCCCGUAUACAAGGAGCUUGGAGAAAAGCUUUCUGGGGACCCCAACAUUGUAAUUGCUAAAAUGGACGCCACUGCUAAUGAUGUGCCCCCAAAUUAUGAUGUCCAAGGAUUUCCAACCAUUUACUUUGUGCCUUCUGGACAAAAAGACCAGCCACAGCGAUAUGAGGGUGGUCGUGAGGUUAGUGACUUCAUCACCUUCCUGAAGAAAGACGCCACAAAUCCGCUCAUCUUAGACGAAUCAAGGGAUGAACUGUAAACAAACAAUAAGAUGCUGAAUUUUACAGGUGGAGAAAUGCACAAACCCACUUCAGCCAAAUAUGUUACUCGCAGCUGUUCAUGACAUCAAUCGGGAUCAUCGAAGCACAUGAUAAAAUGCAUCACUUGUAAAAUGUUAGUCAAUACACUACUGGACACAUGAUAAGGAAUGCAGUUUGUUAAAAUACUGUUUUUACAUCAGUUAUUCAAAAAUCUGCUGCCAAGUUGCCUCCGUUUUCUUUUAUUCACUGUGUUUAUAGGCCACUUAUCACAAACAUGUUACUGUAGCGUCCUAAAGUGUUCCACUGACUGAAUGCUUUUAAGUUAAGAAGUUUGUACCUCACUCCUUACUGUUGGCUUAGUUUACAAAAUGUUGAAAUUUGUUACUGCAUUGGUGCAUUAGUUACAUAAUCUCUUCAUAGUCCAUUCAGAUGCCACUAUAAAAACUUUGUUUCAAGUCUACAGGAUGUGUUAGAGAUUCUGUAAGCAGUUGAUGACUGCAAUAACAGUCUUAUGAAAAGAACUGGGGUACCUCUACUACCUCCUAAUGUCUGUCAUGUCAAAUCAAACAUCUGUAAGGGUCUUGGGUCGCGUCCUCCAUCCAUACAUGUGAGGAUGUGAGACAUUAACAUCUGCUAGAAAUCUUUUAGAAGUUUGACACCUCUUGAACUGUUUGUCAUCAAAAAAUUGUGUUUUGUGUUUGCAGUCAUAAUAAAGAAAUGGACAGACA